CCCACUCACAUUUCUCCUCACUACUAAGAAAAACAAGUUCAUAUAUUUCACACUAUUGUUUUCUUAAUAUCUUAAUUUAUAUGGCUUUCUCAGUCUUACCCUCCUCACCAUCAAUCAGAAGCUCCAUUUCAUGUCCAAGAAGCAUGGUUGUUUCUAAUAAAAUGUCUGAUAAUAAAAAUAAUAAUGUUGGAGAAGGGUUCCUUUCACCUCCAAACAAGGGCAUCUACAAAAGCACCGUUGCGAGGGUUGCGAGUCGUCGGGCCACUCCGCUACCGGCUCCGUCAGUGGCGGAAGGGCACCGGCACCAUAGCGCAUGGACUAGUAUCCGUCAAGAGAGAUGGGAAGGGGAGCUGGUUGUUCAAGGAGAAAUACCAUUGUGGCUGAAAGGAACAUACCUGAGGAAUGGGCCAGGCAUGUGGCACAUUGGAGACUACAACUUCCGGCACCUCUUUGACGGUUACGCCACCCUCGUCAAGCUCCACUUCGAAGAAGGCCGGUUAAUCGCCGGCCACCGCCAACUGGAGUCACAAGCCUACCAAGCCGCCAAAAAGAACCAAAAGAUCUGCUACCGCGAGUUCUCGGAGGUACCAAAGGCGGAGAACUUCCUGGCAUACGUGGGAGAAUUGGCGAGCCUGUUCUCCGGCGCAUCCCUGACGGACAACGCCAACACCGGAGUGGUGAGGCUGGGCGACGGCAGGGUGGUGUGCCUGACGGAGACACAGAAGGGGUCUAUCGUGAUAGACCCCGAAACACUGGAGACUAAGGGAAAAUUCUCCUACAGCGAUUCUUUGGGGGGUUUGAUUCACUCGGCGCAUCCGAUUGUGACGGAGGAGGAGUUCUUGACUCAGAAUUAUGUUGUUGUUCCCGAAAUGCCCUUGAGGUACUCUGCUCAGAAUCUUCUUAAGGCUGAGCCUACCCCUUUGUACAAGUUCCGCUGGUACCCUGACAACAAUGCUUACAUGCAUGUCAUGUGCAAGGCCACUGGCAACAUUGUGGCAAGUGUGGAGGUGCCUCUGUUUGUUCAGUUCCAUUUCAUAAAUGCAUAUGAAGAGAAAGAUGAAGAUGGAAGAGUUACGGCGAUAAUCGCCGACUGUUGUGAGCACAAUGCAAAUACCGACAUUCUUGAGAAGCUCAGACUAAACAACCUUCGUUCCUAUAAUGGUGAAGAUGUUCUACCCAACGCUAGGGUUGGUCGAUUCCGAAUACCAUUUGAUGGGAGUCCAUAUGGAACCUUGGAGGCAGCAUUAGAUCCAAAUGAACAUGGGAGAGGCAUGGACAUGUGCACCAUAAACCCUAAUUAUUUAGGAAAGAAAUAUAGAUAUGCUUAUGCUUGUGGAGCACAUCGCCCUUGUAACUUUCCCAACACCAUCACCAAGAUUGAUUUUGAGUUGAAAAAGGCUAAGAACUGGUAUGAAGAAGGUACUGUGCCCUCGGAACCAUUCUUUGUAGCUCGGCCGGGUGCAACCGAAGAAGACGAUGGCGUGGUAAUCUCAGUAGUUAGUGAGAAAAAUGGAGGAGCAUAUGCGUUGGUGUUAGAUGGUUCCACUUUUCAAGAGAUUGCUAGGGCCAAGUUCCCUUAUGCAAUUCCAUAUGGGUUGCAUGGAUGCUGGGUUCCAAAAAAUUAGCAACAUAUAUGGCUAUAAAUUGAUGCUUUAAUUACGUUGCUUGGACAUGGAUCCACAAGAAAUAGUGCUUCAACUCGAAUUGCAUGCAUGGUUAGGAACCGUGGUUCUAUAUAUGAGUGCAAGCUGAAUAGCUAGCUGAUGGUGGUGAAAAGCUAAGUUUAUGUGUAUGAUAUAAAGUAGCAUUUAGGGAAUUCGUUUAUCCCGCUGCACUAUAAAUUAUAAUAUACACUUUGUGGAUUAUAUAUUGAUAAUUCAUAAAUUUUAUAGGUUUAAUAAUAUGUUAUGAAUCCUUGUUCUAAAUCAAGAGUAUUAUAUGUUAAUAAAUCAUUGACUUUGAUGGUGCCAUGUA